AUGAAUUACGUCGAUCCGGUCGCCAUUACACAAAAGGUGAUUUCCGGUGUGUAUCAAGGUGUUACGACGGUGGAGCUUGAUAACCUGGCCGCCGAGACCGCAGCCUAUAUGACCACCUCGCAUCCUGAUUAUGCUAUUCUGGCCGCUCGUAUUGCCAUUUCCAACUUGCAUAAAGAAACCCAAAAGGUGUUCUCUCACGUGGUUGAAGAUUUAUACCGUUAUAUCAAUCCCAAGACGAACAAGCAUUCGCCCAUGAUUUCCGAUGCAACUUAUAAGAUCAUUAUGGCCAACGCUGACCGCCUGAACUCGGCCAUUAUCUACGACCGUGAUUUCGGUUACAACUUUUUCGGCUUCAAAACCUUGGAACGCUCGUAUUUACUCAAGAUCAAUGGUAAGGUGGCCGAAAGACCCCAGCAUCUCAUUAUGCGCGUGGCCGUCGGUAUUCAUGGAGAAGAUAUUGAUGCCGCCAUUGAAACCUACAACCUGAUGAGCGAAAAGUACUUUACCCACGCCAGUCCUACCUUGUUCAAUGCCGGUACCCCUCGUCCUCAACUGUCGUCGUGUUUCUUGCUUACCAUGAAGGAAGAUUCCAUCGAGGGUAUUUACGAAACCUUGAAGAUCUGUGCUCAGAUUUCCAAGACGGCCGGUGGCAUUGGUCUCAAUAUUCACAACAUUCGCGCUUCCGGUUCUUACAUUGCUGGUACCAACGGUUACUCCAACGGUAUCUUGCCGAUGUUGCGUGUCUUUAACAACACGGCUCGUUACGUGGAUCAAGGUGGUAACAAGCGUCCAGGCGCCUUUGCCAUGUACCUCGAACCCUGGCAUCCCGACAUCUUUUUGUUCUUGGAUUUGAGAAAGAACUUUGGCAAAGACGAAAUCCGUGCCCGUGAUUUGUUCUAUGCUCUGUGGAUCCCUGAUUUGUUCAUGCAUCGUGUGGAAGCCAACGAGGACUGGUCGUUGUUCUGUCCCAGUGAAGCCCCCGGAUUGCAAGAAGUGUGGGGUGAAGAGUUUGAAGCUUUGUAUACUCAAUACGAAAAGGAAGGUCGCGCACGCAAGACGAUCAAGGCCCAAAAGCUGUGGUAUGCCAUCUUGGAAGCUCAGACCGAAACCGGCAAUCCUUUCAUGCUUUACAAGGAUGCCUGCAACCGCAAAUCGAACCAGCAGAACCUCGGUACUAUCAAGUGCAGCAAUCUGUGCACUGAAAUUGUCGAAUACUCCAGCCCCGACGAAGUCGCCGUCUGCAACUUGGCCAGUAUCGCUUUACCCUCCUAUGUCGUCAACCGUGAACGAUUUGAUUUCCAAAAAUUGCACGAUGUUACCAAAGUCAUUACCAAGAAUCUGAACAAGAUCAUUGAUGUCAAUUAUUACCCUGUGCCUGAAGCCGAACGAUCCAACAAACGUCACCGUCCUGUGGGUCUUGGUGUGCAAGGCUUGGCCGACGCUUUCAUGUUGAUGCGCUAUCCCUUUGAUUCCCCUGAAGCUAAACUUUUGAACAUUCAGAUUUUUGAAACCAUCUACCACGCUGCUUUGGAAGCGUCCAUGGAAUUGGCUCAAAAGGAAGGUCCUUACGAGACGUACGAGGGAAGCCCUGUUUCCAAAGGCCAACUGCAGUACGAUAUGUGGGGCGUGACCCCCACCAGCUUGUGGGACUGGGCUGCAUUGAAGGAAAAGAUUGCUCAACACGGUGUACGCAACUCGUUGCUUGUGGCGCCCAUGCCGACGGCUUCCACAUCGCAAAUCCUGGGUUUCAAUGAAUGUUUCGAACCUUACACGUCCAAUUUGUACACGCGUCGUGUGUUGGCGGGUGAGUUCCAAAUCGUGAAUCCUUGGUUGUUGAAGGAUCUGGUGGAAAUGGGCAUCUGGAACGAUGAUGUGAAGAACAUGAUCAUGUCCGACAGUGGUUCGAUCCAAAACAUUCCCAAUAUCCCCGCCAAACUCAAGAGUCUGUACAAGACGGUGUGGGAACUUUCGCAACGUACCAUCAUAGAUAUGGCAGCCGAUCGUGGCGCGUUCAUCGAUCAGAGUCAGAGUUUGAACAUUUUCAUUGGUGAACCCAACUUUGGCAAAUUGACCAGUAUGCAUUUCUACGGUUGGAAGAAGGGACUCAAGACGGGUAUGUACUACCUUCGUACGCGUCCCGCCGUGGAUGCCAUCAAGUUCACUGUCGAUCAACUGUCGUUGAAGGAAUACCGCGCCAAGUCAGCCAAGGAAAAUGAAAGUGACAUGGUAUGCUCCAUCGAUAACAAGGACGCCUGUGUUAGCUGCAGCGGUUAA